AUGGCAACUGUCGCUACGGCGAGAAUGAUCCGCGGUCAACCGCCUUCCCCGCCUCAUUCUACUGAUGGAGACCCUGCACCAGAAGCCCAUCGAACCUCCUGUGGCACGCUCCAGCAAGCUUAUAGCCAUCACGACCCUUAUGGUUCUAUGUUACAUGGAAAUCGUGCGUCUGGUGAUAUUUACGAACACAGACCACACUCUCUAGAGUACACUCCUCCUUCAUCGCAGUACGUCUCUUCCGGGGACUAUCCUCGAUCACUGUCAAUGCAAGCCCCGAUGGCAACAAAUGGCCUUCAGGUUAACACACCUCCCCCUGCUGCAGACGAGGGCCUAGUUUCUGAAUCGGUACCACGAUGGAGCUCGCCGCCGUCCCAGAGACAGGUGACGAGGGCAAGGGUGGCCAGGUCGCCUAGAGUGCGUCGCAGGAAUAGAAAUAGAAAGGACACAAGAGUCGAGCUCGAAGGCCCUCUGAGUGAAGUGACCAAGCAUUUGACAAACAUCCCUAUUCGAGACAUGGAACGCUGGGUGAAUCGGUCAAUAGAGGUUCGUCACCAAGAGGUAGCCAAGAGGAACGGAAAGGUUGCCAGGCCCAUGAACUCUUUCAUGCUUUAUCGAUCGGCAUAUGCCGACCGGACAAAGCAAUGGUUUGCGCAGAACAAUCAUCAAGUGGUUUCCGAAGCAGCGGGUGACAGCUGGAGGCUUGAAUCUCCAGAAAUCCGCCAGAAGUACGAGCUUCUAGCCAAUAUCGAGAAGAGUAACCACCUCAAGGCGCAUCCUGGUUACAAGUUCUCGCCGUCGAAAGAUAAGAAGAAACGAGCUGGGAGCGAAGAUGAGCGUCCCCUGGCCAGCACCCCUGGAUCCACUUCAGCUUUUCUUCAAAACCGUGCCGCGAGCUCUUCAGAAAUUGAUAGUAGUGGCUGGGAAAGUCGGGACUCGACCCCAUUUGACUUUGCUGACCAUGGUUUACAUCUACCUGGGGAUACCUACCUAUCUUCAUCUGCCUGGCAUGCAGCCAACCAUGGGCGGCCGCACCCUGGCAUGAUUCCCUCCUCUGAGCCGUCUCACUACCUCCACCAGACAAUUCAUGCAGGGCUUAUCCCUCACGUAGAGGAUGUCCGAUUCAAGAAGACUGGCUUGCAUGGGAUUCAAUAUGCUACGUCCUCGUCCACUCCACUGGCUGCUCUACCCGGCGCCACACAUCAUGACCUUCUUCAACCGUCCACCUCGUUGCCCGGUGAUGGACAACUGGAUCCCCAGCUCCUGACCCUGCAGACCGAACUCCAGAGCCCGAACCAGCUCUUUGGCAGCUCUCACAAUAUGUGGCAAGACUCUUCCAACGUCAACUGCUACACCUCUCCCUCGUCUUCCUUGGCACCUUAUUCAAUCCCUUAUACCACGACGACCUACUCACAGGGAAUACACACCCUAGAAACCGACCCUGCUCUUGAUGGUACCGGUGGCGAUUUUGACACCUGGAUCAACCAGCAGGGCACGACAUACUAA